UUUUUUUUUUUUUUUUUUUUUUUCAUUCAUUUUUCGAACUUAUGUAUUAUCUAAUCCCUAAAGAAAUGAGAGCAUGCAUCCCAUAGAAUGCAAAGACUGUGCGUGCUCCUGUUAAGCUCUCACAAGCGGUAGACGACGCAAUGGCUGGCAGCCUGGAUCAGCAAUGUUCCGAACCAGUAUGAGAUCAUAGACAACUUAGCUGGCAGUCCAUCAUGCUUCUCCCCGAGAAUCUGAGAUUGAAAAUCAGAAAAGACAGAUCACAAUCAGCUUCCACCAUGGCCUCUCCAGAGACCUACACCCCGCCAAACCACUGCAUUGCUGAUUUCUGCUUGAUUCCGAUAGGGACGUCCUCCCCGUCGGUUUCCGAGACUAUCGCCGACGUUGAGCGUUUGGUAGAGAAGUCCGGAUUAAAAUUCCUCAUGCAUUCCUGUGGUACGACUCUGGAAGGACCGUGGGAUAAAGUCUUUGCUCUGAUCGGCCAGACACACGCCAUGCUCCACCAGAAAGGAACGGCUCGCGUACACACCGAUAUACGUGUUGGCUCGAGAGUUGACAAGAGGGAAACAAUGGAGAACAAAGUCAAGGUCGUGCAGGACAUCCUGGCCCACGAUCCAUAAGGGUAGAUGCACGUUUCCGUACGAGUGGGAUUGAUGGUGCAGCCGAUGGUUAAUUAACUAGUUAAAAGUUGUAAAGCUUGGAAAAAAAAUACUUCAGGGAACUCAACACAUUGUUAUAAAAGGGCCAAUCAGUGUUUGCUAGGAGAAGACAGAAAGGGAAUUAUGGGUGAUAAUUUUUAAUACAAAUUACAUUGAAUUUGUGAGGGCCAGUAUAAAAAUCCUAGAUGACUAUGCCACCAAGGUUGGUUCUU